AUGUAUGCAUUAUGUAUGUAUCCCGGAAAUGUAGAUAUGUACCUAUACUUAUGUAACUCAGCUGUAGAUCCGGUGACAUUUUUCAACAUCUACAUGAGUUACUCCAUUGACUCCAUUUUUGGACCCGUCUGCGAGUAUUCCCUUGCUCCGAUUGGUCGAUAUGCUGGAGCCUGGGGAAUCCCAAUAACUUCUGCUGGCGGUUUUUCCCAUUCGUUCAAGGGUUCUUCGGCUGAAGGAAGAAAAAAUUUUCGCUAUUUAACCAGUAUGAAAGCUUCGUCUGAUAAGUUGGCGUCCUUUAUUAUCAGACAGUUCUUGCCGGCAUUUGGCUGGCGUAGAAUGAAGGUGCUCUUUGAACCGUUGCAUACCGUCACCCUCAUACAAAAUGCAAUAUCCUUCCUAUACAUCAACUACAACAACAACAUCAACUACAACAACAACAUCAGUAGCUGCAACAGCAGCCACAAAGUCAGCCACAACAACACGAAUUACAUCAUUGACAGAAAAUGUGCAAACAACAUUGACAACGACAUGUACAACUACUAUUGCUACCACACUAGCAGCGCCAUAUUUGACACGAACAAAUUCUACAACUAUCCGCUCGACCUGGACGUCAGUUCCAUCAAUGUAGAAGACUCCACCAAUCAAAUACUAACCGAACAAAUUGGAGCUAAGUAUGCCGUGCACAUAAAAAAUUGCGAAGCUCGCAUUACUCGAAUUUUUAUGUGA